GUCGUCUUUCUCUUCAAUGGUCAUAGCGUCUACCAACUAUUGCCAGUCUCGUCAUCCACAAUUUCCCAAUAAUACCCGACAUACGAUGGGUGAUAACGUAAUUUUCACAUAGAUCAAAGCCAAAUCGCACGCAGUUUCUCCCCCUCUCACACAAACUAAGUGUUCCGCUCCGAGCCGUUAUCGGAUUUCAAAUCCCCAAUUCGGGGCUUAUGAAGUUCAAUUUGCAAUCUGCAAUUUCGGGCUUUACCCAGUUUCUGUUUCCGCACGUUUUAUGAUGUUCGCGACGCCUCAGAAGAAGGUGUGGCCUGCUUCGUCUCUUACCCCCAGAAGCGGCGCCCACAAGAUCGUAACCGGGUCGGGGUUGAAUCCGGAUUCCGGUGACGCCACAGCUGGCAAGGGGAAGGGCCUCGUUGCUUUUUUUGAACCCACUGCAACGCCAAAUUCGGGUUUGGUACUGCAGAAUUCUGGAAAUGAUAUGUUCUUCGAGGCGGCGGGUGACCCGCAAUCGCUGGCCGAGAACAUUUUGAAACUUGAAAACGAGCUUUUCGACUACCAGUACAAUAUGGGGCUUCUCUUGAUUGAGAAAAAGGAGUGGACUUCUAAGUAUGAAGAUCUUAAGCAAGCAUUAGCAGAAGGAAAGGAUGCCCUCAAACAAGAGCAAAAUGCCUAUUUAAUUUCAAUAUCUGAAGUUGAGAAGCGAGAGGAGAAUUUGAGAAAAGCCCUGGGUGUUGAGAAGGAGUGUGUGCUUGGUCUCGAGAAGGCUUUGCAUGAAAUGCGUUCGGAGAAUGCAGAAAUCAAGUUUACCGCUGAUUCUAAGUUGGCUGAAGCAACUGCAUUAGUCACUAGCCUUGAAGAGAAAUCUUUGGAGGUAGAGGCAAAAUUGCAUGCUGCUGAUGCCAAGUUUGCUGAGGUGAGCAGAAAGAGUUCAGAAAUUGAGAGAAAAUCACACGAAUUGGAGACUCGAGAAGUUGCACUUCAGAGGGACCGCUUAUCCUUCAUUUCGGACCGAGAAUCUUAUGAUUCUACUUUAUCUAAGCAAAGAGAGGACUUGCGAAAUUGGGAAAGAAAUUUGCAAGAAGGAGAAGAAAGGCUGGCCAAGGGUCAAAGAAUUCUUAACCAAAGAGAGGAGAGGGAAAAUGAGAAGGAGAGGAUUUUCAAGCAGAGAGAAAAGGUGCUUGAAGAGGAACAGAAAAAGAUUGAUGCAGCCCACAGUAGCCUGAAAAAGAAAGAAGAUGAUAUAAGAAGCAGGCUUACAAAUUUAACUUUGAAAGAGAAGGAAUUUGAUGCCAUGAGAACGAACUUAGAGAUGAAAGAGGAGGAGUUACUUGCAUUAGAAGAAAAGCUGAAUGCUAGAGAAAAAGCGGAGAUUCAGAAGCUUCUUGAUGAACACAAUGCCAUUCUGGAUGCAAAGAAGCGUGAUUUUGAGUUGGAAAUUGAUCAAAAGAGAAAAUCCGUGGAUGGCGAAUUAAAAAACAAGGUGGUUGAAGUGGAGAAGAUGGGAGCAGAAGUUAAUCACAUGGAGGAGAAAAUUGCACAUAGAGAGCAGGCAUUGGAAAAGAGAUUGGAAAAGCUACAGGAGAGAGAAAAGGACCAUGAAUCCAAAUUGAAAGAUCUGAAGGAAAGGGAGAAGUCCAUCAGAUCCGAGGAGAAGAAUUUGGAGAAUGAGAAGAAACAAGUGUUUGCUGAUAAAGAAGAUUUGCUUAGUUUUAAGGCUGAAGUUGAGAAGACAAGGGUUGACAAUGAUGUGCAGUUAUUGAACAUACGGAAAGAGCAGGAUCUGCUUCAAGUAAGUGAAGAAGAGAGAUCAGAAUAUGUUCGCUUGCAGUCAGAGCUAAAACAGGAAAUAGAUAACUACAGGCUUCAGAAAGAACAACUUUUGAAGGAGGCUGAAGAUUUAAAGUUGCAAAAGGAGACUUUUGAGAGUGAGUGGGAUGAGCUGGAUGUGAAAAGAGCUGAGAUUGAGAAAGAACUGAAAAAAGUGACUGAACAGAAGGAAGAAGUUGAAAAACUAAAACACUCUGAAGAAGAAAGGCUGAAAAAUGAGAAGCUGGUGACACGGGAGUAUAUAGAAAGGGAGCUGGAAGAUCUUAAAUUGGCCAAAGAAUCUUUUGCAGCUCAAAUUGAUCAUGAGAAGUUAGUAAAUGCUGAAAAAGCCAAAAGUGAGAGAAUGCAAAUGCUUCAUGAUCUUGAGCUACAGAAAAGAGAACUUGAGACUGAUAUGCAGAAUCAGAUGGAGGAGAAGGAAAAGAACUUGCACGAGAGGGAGAAGUUAUUUCAGGAAGAAAAAGAGAGACAACUAGACAAUAUUAAUUACUUAAGAGAAGUAGCUAGGAGAGAAAUGGAAGGAAUAAAACUUCAGAGGAUUAAAUUAGAAAAAGAAAGACAAGAAGCCGAAGAAAACAGAAAGCAUCUUGAAAGGCAACAAGUGGAAAUGCGAAAGGAUAUUGAUGAGCUUGCUGACCUUAGCAGGAAGUUGAAAGAUCAGCGCAAACAAUUUAUUAAGGAGAGACGACGCUUUAUUUCAUUUGUUGAAAAACUCAAGAGUUGUCAGGGCUGUGGUCAAAUCAUUUCUGAGUUUGAGCUGUCUGACUUACAAUCUUUAGUGGAAAUUGAGAAUGCACCUCUGCCAAGACUGGCUAAUAUUCACACAAAAGAAGGUGGUCAUGGAAGUACGGUUGUUUCUGAGAUGCAAAACAUUGAGAUAUCUCCAGUUGUAGGUGGCUCAAGAUCUCCAGUUUCUGGUGGAACUGUAUCUUGGCUACGCAAAUGCACCUCCAAGAUUUUUAAUUUCUCCCCAAGUAAAAUGAUUGAGCCUGCUUCUGUUCAAAAUUUGAUGGAGGCACCUUUGUGUUGCCAGAGUGUUGAUAUGGAAGAACCAUCCAAGAGAGUUUCUAGCACUGAAAAACCUACAGACCUAUCACUUGGUGUGGCGACUGAUUCUGUUCAUGUGCCGAAGAUCCCAUCUGACAACAGCAUGAGAGAGGUAGAAAUCAACCAAGAUCCUUUGGCUGAUUAUCAUAGCAACAUCAAUUGUAAGGCACUGGAAGUUACAGAAGAUUCCCAGCCGUCUGAUUUGGAUGGUGGUCAGCGAAAACUUAGCAAAAGAGGGAGGCCUAGAGUUUAUAGAACACGCUCCGUGAAGGCUGUUGUCAACGAGGCUAAUGCUAUACUUGGGGAAGAUUUAGAACCAAAUGAGAGCGAUUAUACUAAUGGGAAUGCUGAAGAUUCUGCCUAUAAUGAUGCUGAAAGUCAUGGGGAUUCUGGUCUUGAUGAUAAAAGACUUCCAAGAAAUACCAGGAAGCGGAACCAUGCUCAUACAUCUCAAGUCAACGGGGACAAGCAUGGUGGUGAAGAUAGUGAAGGGCGUUCAGAUAGUAAUGUGGGAGGCCAGCACAAAAAAAGGAGACAGAAAAUUCCUCCAGCUGUUCAAACCCCAGGUGAAAAACGAUAUAAUCUCCGGAGACCCAGAACUGCUGUCUCAUCUGCUAGAGCCCAACCUGACCUUCACAAAGAAAACAAGGAUGAUACUGAUCGAGUUAGAGUGACAGGGGAGGACAUUCUUUUGUCUAGAGCUGCUCCCACACAUUCAAUUGGAGCUGCUAGUGAGAAUGAAGGAAGCACUCACUUUGUGCAGUGUGAGAGAAUUUCAGACACUCAGGUUGGCGAUUCUGAUACAAUAAAAAAUCUGGUUGAGAACACUGCUGUGAGUGAAGAGGUGAAUAGGACACCAGAAGGGGCAGGGAAGUAUGGUGAUGUAGAUGAGUACAGGAGCGAAUCCCUUGGUGAAGAUGCUCCCCGGGUUGAUAUUGUGGAUGGGGAGGAGGAUGAUGAUGAUGAAGAGUAUGAACAUCCUGGUGAAGUCUCAGUAAGAAAGAGGCUCUGGACUUUCUUCACUACGUAAUGAUGCUGAGUCCUGUUUGCAAUAUGGUGGGAUUUGGAUGGUCUUAACUACAUCUACUUCUUUAGAUAUGCUGUUAGGAGUGGAUUUUAACACACGACUCAGUCUCUACCCUUUCCAAUUAUUCGUGUCAAAUGAAGACUCCGUACAGGCCUAAUAAGGAGUGAUAUCUUAACUGAUCUAUUGUUGUGCAAUGGUUUUUUUUUAUUCUUAAUACACUCCACAAUUCCAAAUAUUUACAGGCAAAAAU